AUGUGUCGAGUGUUGGGGGAUCUAAUCCACCCGGAUCAAGCCUGCGCCGUCCCGGGAAGGAGGAUCACGGACAGCCUGGUACUGAUCCGAGACAUCAUCUGUUUUGCGAGAGACAGAAACAUUCGGCUGAUAGUCCUAAAUCUAGAUUUCGAGAAAGCGUUUGAUCGGGUCUCGCACCAGUACCUCUUCCAGGUACUGCAAAAAAUGGGUUUUCCUGGGAGGUUCGUAGCGUGGGUGGGACUGCUGUACCGAGACAUCUCCAGCAGAUUCAUGGUUAACGGGUUUCUGACAAAAGCAGUGAAAGUGAACUGCGGUGUCCGUCAGGGUUGUCCGUUAUCCGCCCUUCUCUAUGUGGCCUGCGUCGAGCCGCUGGCGCAGAUCUUGAGAAGGGACCCACAGAUUUUAGGUGUAACGAUACCGGGGAGUGGAGGGCAGGACCGGGAACCAGUGACUCCAGUGCGCGGCCUCCUGUAUGGAGACGCCUCCACCGUUUGGCGCAACGUGAGCCAUCCCGUCCUUCCAAACAGACUCCAGGACCUGUCAUGGAUGGUGGCUCAUGGGAUCCUGCCGGUCAGAGCCGUCAUGCACUCCCGCGGCAUGUCUGCAACGGCCAUCUGCCCCCGACCCGGUUGUGGCGCGCCGGAGUCGGUGAGGCACCUGCUGUGGGAGUGCAGCGCUGCUGUGGACCUGUGGGCGAAAGCCGGCUCCUUGCAAUUCCCACACUUGCCAGCAAGGGAGGUCCUCGAACCACAGCUAGUGCUGUACGGGGUGAGCCAGCUGAAAAUAAAGAAAAAGGACUUUGCUGAGAUGUGGCUCACCCUCGCCACCAUCAAAGACGCCAUUUGGACCUCCAGAAACUUGCUGGUGAGCAGGCGCAGGCAGAUGCCCCCCGUGGCUGUGAUCCGGAUGGCGGCAGCAAAAAGAGCAACAUCAAGGGCUGCAGGUGGCGCGCCAAGGACACAGCCACCAAGAAGAAUCGCCUGCGCCUCCGUGGACGAAGGAGCCGGCGCUCCACGAGCAGAGGUCCAAGCAGCGGCGGCCUGGCUCUCCGGGUGAGGCAGGAGGGAAGGAGCUUCAGGGCAGGU